AUUAAUGCUUCAAUCUUGUUGAGCUGUGACGACGACAAGGCCGGACCAACUCUCCCGGUUAAAGUUGGCGCCGUGUGUGUCCUCCCUUUUUCAAAUUCACUUCUCAAAAACCCUAAUACACCUCUCGAAUCCCAUUCGAUCAUCAUCAAUUCCAAACAUCACAAUCAAAUCGCUGUUUCGUAUCAAACAGAUCAAUGGCAUCUUCGGCAGACUCAUGGGUCAGAGAAUACAAUGAAGCGGUAAAACUUGCAGAUGAUAUCAAUAGCAUGAUUUCUGAAAGGAGUUCUAUGCCGGGGUCUGGACCGGAAGCACAACGCCAUGCAUCUGCCAUCCGGAGAAAAAUUACAAUAUUGGGAACUAGACUCGAUAGCCUGCAGUCCCUUCUAUCAAAGCUUCCUAGCAAACAACCAUUAACAGAGAAAGAGAUAAAUCGCCGGAAGGAUAUGCUUGCAAACUUGAGAUCAAAAGUAGCCCAGAUGGCCUCCACAUUGAACAUGUCGAAUUUUGCCAACAGAGACAGCUUGCUUGGGCCAGAAAUUACGUCAGCUGAUGCCAUGAGCAGGGCAAGUGGCUUGGAUAACCACGGCGUUGUUGGUCUUCAAAGACAAAUAAUGAAAGAACAAGAUGAGGGCCUAGAGAAAUUGGAGGAGACGGUGAUAAGCACGAAACAUAUUGCUUUGGCAGUCAAUGAGGAACUUGACCUACACACUAGACUAAUUGAUAACCUGGACCGACAUGUGGAUGUCACAGACUCUCGAUUACAGCGAGUUCAGAAGAACCUGGCAAUUUUGAACAAACGCACCAAAGGUGGUUGCUCCUGCCUUUGCCUCCUUUUAUCAGUUGCCGGGAUUGUGGUUCUGGUUGUCGCCAUCUAUUUGUUGGUGAAAUAUUUGUAAUACAAAACAACAUGCCAACAUCUCUCCGCCGAUGUGUUUUGUGUCUUCGUGUGCAAAUGGCUAUUAUGACUGAUCUGUUGUAAAACUUCAUUGUUUGAGUUUUUCGAUUUCCUUUUGGUCAUGCAAUAUUUAUUUUGGUGUUAAAAUCAAAUCAAUUUGUAUACUACGAAUGACCAAGUGUCACUCAAACACUGAAUUAUUGUUUUUUUUUCCUUCUUUUUCCUUCUUGUAAUCACCUACUGCAUGGAUGGGUUUGAUGAAUGCUUCUGAGAAUAGUUGAAUGGUUAUCUGUUUGAGCUUA